AUGUUAAGACUUUCGCAUCACUUUUGUCGGCUUACGCCAACGCGGUGUGGACGCCGCUUUGCGUUGACCUGUCCGGGUUAGCGUUGGCGGCCACUGGCGCCGUCUUCAACAUGAAUAUCAGCGCGCCCGACUGUCGGCAGCUGGCAUGCCGAGCGCUCGGGGGCAGGCAAGCGCGCGAGCGCAUGUUCGGGGGCAUCGCCGCCCUCGACGACAUUCCGCCUCUGCUGCCGCUCUACUGCCCGAUUGAGAAUCGGCCCCAGAAGGAGAAACUCUGGUUUACCGCGCUCACGUUUAUGCAGCUGGACGGCGCCCGGCCGAUGAGGGUGAACGCGGACAAUUUGGCUGCGGAUUUCGCGAUGGUGGUUUCGCGUCUUCAGGCAGCUCUGCCACCUGGCGCGGUAGUCUUGCGCGACGACCCCGCUGCUGCCUUUCUCCGCGCGCAGUUGGGCGCCGGCCACGUCGUCGCAGACCACUCGGCCUUCGAAGCAUUUGAUUGCGAGCUUGGCGAGGACCCGCUGCGCGCGCACAUGAGGCCGCCGGGCGCCGUGCGCCUCUCGUCUCGCGAGGCUGCGCGGGCUGCCCGCCGCCUGCGCACAGCUUCGGGCGGCUGGGACCCCCGGCGAGGGUCCGACGUCGCCGACCGCCGGGGCGCGCAGGAGGAGCAGCUCCGCGCCGCCGAGAUCCUCGCCGCGCACCGCAGCGCGCAGCGGCUGCCGCAGACCGCCUUGAAGACGGCCCUGGCCAAGGUGCCGGACACGCGGUCGCGCCCGGACAGCGGGGCAAUGGCAAUUUCGCCGCCGUGCGCCAAG